GAGAGAUCGGCGCGGCGCUCUCGGCGCUGAAGAGCGAGCACGAGGGAAGCGCGAGCAAGGAGCAGACGUGCUUUUGGCGCAACGCCGCCGCCGCCGCUGCAACCGCCGCAAGCGCGGCAGACGACGCCAGGCGCCGCUCGCCGCCCGUUACAACGCGAACUCGCGCUCCUCAGAGAUCCCGCGUGUGCCGCCCUGGAUUGGCAGAACCGUCGUCGCAGCGACAGAAGUAGCCGAGCAGCGCGCCGCAGACGACGCAGCACAUCAUGGGAAUAGUACCUGGAAUGACGACGACGAGCCCGUGACUCUUGUGGGGGAGUGCUUUUUUUUUUUAUUUGCUUCGUCGACUGCAGUGUCAGGAUGAAGUCCAAGAGAGGUCGAGACCGGCUGAAGCUGCAGCUGUGCUCGGGCGAUGAGUCCCUGCCGUACCCGCGGGGGACGCUGGGAGAGCUAUCGCCGCGCAAGCGCCGUGGCAAUCUUCCCAAGGAAUCGGUCAAGAUACUUCGCAUGUGGCUGUACGAGCACCGGUACAACGCAUACCCUUCCGACCAGGAGAAGCUGCACCUGUCACGGGAGGCAAACCUGUCGGUGCUACAGGUGUGCAACUGGUUCAUCAACGCCCGCCGGCGCAUCCUGCCGGACAUGAUCCGCAAGGAGGGCCACGAUCCGCACCAGUACACCAUCACCCGCAAGUCGUCCUCAUCUUCCUCCUCCUCUUCGUCCGGCAGGUCGCCGCCGAGCCAGGCGUCGCUGCCGCCGCCGUCUCUGCCGCCCCUGGUGCACCACCACAGCGGCAGCAACCACCAGCAACCUCCGCACUUGACGCCCGCGCACCGGCACCACGGCGUGCCACCUUUCGGCGCGUCGGCCGCGCCCUCGUCGGUGCCGCUCAAGGCCGUCAAGGACGAGGACCUCAACAGCGACGACUCCGAGGGCGCCGCCAGCCUCGGCUCUCCGCGUUCGCCGCUAAAGCUGACCAAGCGCUGGCAGCGGAGUCACGAGCGGGACCUCAAGGAAGACCCGUCGCCUUCGUCCUGGGACGAGGACGACGACGACGACGAUGACGAUGAGAACGACGGCGAGGACGAAGACGAGGGCGACGACGAAGAAGGCGACGACGAGGACGAGGACGACGAGGAAGAAGAGGGCUCGCCCUGGUUUCGCGAGGACGUCAAGGGCCGCGGCGUCGAGAGGUCUCCGGCGGAUGACGGUGACCCAUUCAGCUGCCUCUACCUGCUAGUGGACGUUGCGCUGAGCGAACUGGAAAAGCGAGCAGCGUCCAGCUGAUAGCGGACUACGGCCGCCCCGUCCCCUCUCUCCUAGGCACGGGGUCCAGGGGCGAACGUCGUACAGCCGUCGCCGGAAGUUUAGGGGCCAGGGCACGGCCGAGGCGCCGCCUUGGACGAGCAGCGAUGGCGCCGUAGUACUCCGGCGCUGCGGUUCCUCAGCCGAGCGUGAGUGGCAGAGACGCAAGACCCAUAGUUGAGAAAGAGCGCUAACGUUCUGUGGUCCUGGCGAUCGCCUAAGUCGCCGUGCCUUGACUCCUAGGCUUUCGACCCCUGAGAGGGGCGUGCCCGUGCGUGGUGUGUGCGUGUGUGUGCCUUGUGUGUUUUCCACGCUCCAUCCUCGCGCUUCCUUCCCGUGCCACUCAUCCGACUCUUGUUUCGCCGUCUUCAUUUCGUCCGGGGCCCUCGCGCGUCGAACAUUAUAGCGCCCUCACCUCCUCACCUCGUCGUGCCACCUGCAUCGCUACCACUACCACCACAAGCACCGCCACCACCACUACUACUACCGUCACCCCUCGGCACCAUGCACCGGCCUCGUCCCGAGCAGCGCACCCCACACCGGCAUUUUCUCUCUCUCACUCGACAAAGACACUUAACUUAUUCGGAGCGAGCCAGAGAUGGGGCCGAGCCGAUAAUCCUCGAGAUGUGCUCGAACGGGGAUCGCUGUGGCUCCCCCAGCACCUCUGACGCUUCGCAUAGCAAUCGAAUUGUGCGCGUGGCUCGAUUAUUGUCGCGGCAGGGAGGCUCCCACUUGGUCGGUGCCUCGCGACGAUGGGACGCUGGACCGUCGUCGAAAGACCCGUGACCGCCUUUCAUUCUCAGCGAGCAUUUGUUACUUUGAGCGUCUGUUUUCUUUUUUUCUCUUUAUCUUUCGGUUUGUGGAAAAGUGUGUGCAUGUGCCUCCUUUGCCGGGAACCCGGUCUCGCCAGCCGAGAGUCAGUGGAACCCUCACUCCCACUUCGGCAAGUCGAUGUCGAUGCCAGUUCUGGGGUGGUAUUUCUGGACACUGUCAAACCCCCGCCGUAUUGUAGAAAUCCCGCCAUCUUGUCAGCUCUGAUUGGCUCGAAACGGCACCAUUGCAGAAUUCGACAAUAUGGCGGAGUUUGGCGGUUAGUACCCCCUGGUUACGGGGCAACACUUUUUGAGGAGAAACCUCUUGUUUGGGCCCAGUGCUAGCGGUCCACGGGAUAAUAAUGUCUCGUGAUGCCUGUGCGGCAUGAGAGGCAAGCGUUCUAAAAUGUCGUGACGACCGAAGUUAUAGGCUAUGGUCGCUUUAUUUUAGCUGUCAGACGACGUCAUCGUGAGCCUGCCUACAAAAGGCGUUCGGGUCGCCGUUAUGUGUGACAGAGCGCAGUUUCUCCUCCUGAAGUUUGUUGCUCUCUAACGCAGGAAAAAGAGAAAGAGACACUGUAUUAGAGGUGGUGUACGCCCACAGGCACACUUGUCUGCGUUCUCGUGCGUGUGCGCCGGUAAGCAGGCGAUGUCAUCGCAAUCGUGAAUCGAGCGAGUCCUUCCACUGCAGCACCGUUCGGGACGCGGCGUUAUGUUUGAAGCGGGGAUCACGUGCAAAUGUGAUGCGCAAAGACUGUUCAUUCGAAGCCCUUACGGCCGCUUUGAUUAGUUUUGAAGGGGUCGUAGAAGAGCUUUAGUUCCUUUCCAGCAUAAGCUCGCUCAUUUCAGACGUAGCUCGUGUGCGUUACCGCUUGCAUUUCAGGUGGUCUGUGCACGAUGCCUUCCAUAUACUUGAGCGUUGAAAUUAGUUGGUAGCAGCACCGGACAGGGUGGCAUCGAACUCAGCUCACGACAGUCCGAACGCUCGGACGACAGUGGGCGCGUCCGCUUGCGGCAGUUCACGGUUCACACUUGCGAUGACAGUGCCUCGGUAAGACUGGUUUCACACUACAUGGUUGGAAACUUUUGUAACACGGGACGUAACAUCGCCUCGAGUUGACCGAUCGGAACUGUCGAUUUCUUACCCGAUUCGACAUGUGCGUCAGUUACGACACAGUCUUGAACCGCUCACGCAUGUGCGCGACGAUUGCGGCCUCGGCCUUGUGACGUCACAGCAACUGGUCCCACAGUAAAAGGUAGCGCUUCGGUCGCUACGUUAUGACGCGUUGUCUUUCUGUGGCGACGUGAGAAAAAAAAAAGUUGGGUUCAGACGGUUUCAGAUGUAGCGUAUUGUUCUCAGAUUGUUCUUGUCUUGUUUUGAGCGGUGUUUUAUAUCUUGAAUGCACACAAGCACCGUCGGUAAUGUUUCUCUGCCCGCCCUGUAGGAGUGCAGGUGUGUUAUGUAGCGUUUCGUAUGAAGCUUGGCGCACACGUCAUAAUAUAUAUACAUAUAUAAAAACAACGCGUGGAUCGGCAUUCUGCUGUUUCCUCGUUCCUAGUCGCCGCAUUAUCGAGAGAGAGAGAAAAAAAAAAGCUAAACAAAAUGGUCCGUCCGUGAGUCAGUCCGUCCGUGCGUUCGUUCGUUUCGUCGAGUCUUUAUUCUUUUUGGCCGCCGCGCGCCCGGUAAAUCUUAAAAGUUGUUUGUACAUUACAUAGUUUAACGAGAGUUUACCCACAGCAUCAUAUAUAUAUAAAUAUGUAUAUCACCUCGUGCCCAACAUCAACCUAGUCUACUGACAAGAGUCGAGUCGUUCUCUUCGCAUAUUGUCACACGUCUAAAGGCAUGCUAUACAGAUAUGUACACACUGCAUGUAAACAAUAGACACGCAGCCUGAUUAGCGUUCGCCAGUUCACAAGAGUGUAUUUGACGUAGCGAUCGAGUAAACGACAGUUUCGUGUCGCGAGGUGCGGUUGUAUACUCUCACAUUGGGCAGGUCGAUGCGGAAAGUCUUCGUUCAUACCUGCAGUCAGUGCGUACAGUUCCACUCGAAUGACUGCGCAUUUCGUGAACUUGUUUGUGGCAUGACAGUCCAGGUGUCCCUGUUCUGUGUUCGUGCAGAACAAACCCGACAUCUCGUGCCCUGCGCUAAUCUUUCUCACACGGGCGCGAGAAUCGCUGUGAACUAGUUCCGCACGAAGUCUGCACCUUCUGGUUCGGGUGGAGGAGACGUGCAGAUGCCGCCAUGCGUCAGUGGCGAAGGGAACAGCGAAGUUGGUGCAGCGCUCCUCACAUGUCUAACGGAAUAAGUGCAGGCGAUUAGAAUGAAUAUCGAUAGCGGUUUGCGACGAAGGAAUGAGUCGCGUGGUCCAACUGAGUCUCGUCGUAAUGUAAGGUAAAGCUAUGCAGGGCCGUACCCAGUAUUUCUUUUUUUUUUUUUUUCAGAGGAGGAGGGGGGGCUAAAGGGACAACGGCGGCCAUUUUUACAGUUAUACAGGCACUUUUUUUUAAAUAUUGCGCGUGAAUCAAAUACAUCGCUGAUAUGCAAUAGUGAGAGGGGGACUUUUCAAUUAGUUUUAUUUCGACAAGAAAAAAAAUUGGACAGGGGGGGGGGGGGGGGGGGCGCUAAAUUUUAGGUGCCCUCCCCCCCGGUGGGCGCCCGAAAUUUAAACCUUGGUUAAGGCAAGGAAUAAAAGUUUCUUCCAUCAGGUUUGGAUCAUCUGUAUAAUAAAAAUUUGGGUACUGGGUUAAAAGUUUGGGUUACCUUAAAUUUUGGAUUAUGAAAGUAGUUUCCAGCUUUCCUGGAAAUAAAUUGUGCGGAUGAGUGUAUCGCUUCGCUGAUAUAUUUCGAGGAAGGGGGGGAGUCAGAACCCUCAAACACCCCGCCCCCCUGGUCAUGCAGGCCCUGAAGCUAUGCAAAGCAGUUAACGAAUCUUCCGAUUUUGCAGUCCAGUAUUCAAUGUGACACCUCGCGCUAACCGAAACUCAAGAUCCCGGAAGCGUUCACGCUGUAGAAUACCCCUCAUCUCGAUGACGGUGCGUAAUCACUUAAGUACGUGCAAUUCGCCUGAUUGCUGCUGCGGAACCUGCGAAUGGUUGGGUAUAGCGAACGCCGCACGAGAGACGGUUAUGUAGCAAGGUCUUGUCUGCAGUCACUCUCUUGUGGCGGUUAGGGUCAACGCAGCAGAAGCGGGCGACCUAGUUGGACGCCAUUGGCUCGUCAUUCGUCAAUUCAUACUCGCCGGUAUAGUUGCAGCUCGAACGACAGGUCUUCAGUAAGAUAACUCAUUUUUUUUCAUCAAACUCGCGUAGCGCAAGUUUUGGUUGUAAAUUAUAGAAGAGGAGCUGCCGAACGGUUUAGUUCCCGUCUAACCGGUGAAAGUGUUAGAAAGUGCGAUGUUUACACAAGUCUCGCGUGUUCUAGAACUUCUUUUAAAGCUGUUAUUUAAAAAGAAAUGACACUCCCUGUAAUGCGACCAGUGGUCAUAACUGUCGAGUUGAACUCGAUGUGCGUACACCGACGUAAAACUUUACAUGCGGUUCCAGUAUAUAGCGAGACAGCGUAUAGCCCUUGAUCGUGAACCUUCAGUCUACAGCUAAAGCAGCCGUUAUUUCCCGGUUCGCUGCAUUUCUUCGGACACGUAGUAGCAUGUGACCGCAGAAGACAUACUGGCAUGUAUAUGUAGAUGAGGAGGGGGGGGGGGGGGGGGGGGGGGAGAGUGUCCACAAAGCUAAUACGGACGAGGCAAGCAAGCCUUCCGGAGGUAGCGCAGUAUAUGGGAACGACGUACCGCUUUUAUGCGCAGGCCGAAAACCCCCGCAUCGUCUACCACACAUUGAAUGAAGACAGUUUGGCGCGUUAAUCUGUUUGCACAAGCGUCAUCACGCCCGCGUAGACAGCUGUAUAUAGAUUUCAGUGGCUCCAUUAUCAUGUGCAGUGUUCGAGGGCAUAUAUAUAUAAUUCCAAUUGGCUCCUGGACUUGCGACGUCUUUCGCGGGACCCUGGUGAAACGUUCCGGUUGUCGCCGGUUAUUUUGAUGUUUGUUCUCAAUACUUCAUUUCUCGCGCCUUCGUUUGUUAUUGCGUCAUUUUGAUUCGGAGAGACGGAGCCCAGCACCAUCGGUCUCAACCUCUUUAAACUUCCGAGUCGUAAAAGCUCUACGUGAGAGCCAGCUAGAACCCGUACCUACGGGAGGAGGUCCGGUUGCCAGCGCGGUGGACUUGGAAACUUUUCGACAAAGAUGCGCGCCCGCAGGCUUCUUCUAUAGUGCUGGGAACAGAGCGAGAGCUGGCAAGUCGCUUAUGAAGAAAGCAGCUGCUAAUGCCUAUAUAUAACUCCGCUUUGAGGGAGACGUCUGCUACCACCAACGCAAUGCGUUCGCUUUGACUAUAGGGCCCCACUGCUAGACCUCCAGGUGCCACACUCCUCCUCGUUGGGGAGGAGAAUCAACAACUCUCCGGAAUAAAGUAACGCUCGGGACAAGCGUUUAUUGCCUCGUGAAUGAGCAGCCAAACCCCCCAAUCUGACUUGUAAUGCAAGAAGCGACCGUGGAGCCGCCCGAACCAUGCUUGCUCAAUCCAGGACGGCUUCUUACCGGCUGGACGUCGAUCCGAGCAGACGAAUCACGGUUUACGACGCGGCGUCCGAUGCGAUCAUGCGACGCGUCCGGAAGAUGAGCGUGUAUGGAAUUGUCGAAACCUCUUGACACCUGUUGGAACUUGACAAAAUGGGUGGGGUAACUGACGACUGCUGCCUCAGAAAUUCAAUGACUUGUCCAGAAUUUUGGAUCCGGAACGGGUCAUCAACAAGUCGCGUCGAACGCCUCGUCGGACGCCGCAUUGUUACAGCGCGUUUCUCCCGCGAGCGUGUCCGUAAGUCGUAUAAACACUGGUGCGACAGGAGAACAACUCGACGACGCGUCGGAAAAAGAUGGCCGCUUCGACCGUUAAAAAGUCUGUUGGAACCUCGAUCUAACGCUGUUGUGGGAUACGACUAUAGUCGGUGCGACGGGUGGUCGGGGCGAGGUAUUUUAGGUUCCCGUGUUCCGCGCUUUGUAUACGCGCCGCUGACGCCAAAUGUUGCUCUUGCGUCGUUGACGAUGACGCGCCCUAAUGAAGGUCCGGACGGGGCGCCAACACUUGCCGCCAGCGAUGCGACACGCCGUCUCUUGCAAGUGCUGUUGCUCGUUCGAGACAUCUGCGCAAAAACGCGCUGCGCGGCUGAGUAGCUGCGGGCCGCACGGUAACAUUGAGGGCCGUUUAAUUGUACGCCGACUCGACGCGCUUGAACAGACGCGUGCGCUGUGGUUGACGUCAUUACCGAUCCACUCAUGGACUGAAAUGCGGCACACGACCCGAGCGUAACGCCCCCCCCCCCCCUUCCUCCUCUCCCAAAAGCGCGAGACGCUAUAGGGAAAUGAUUGAAUUGACUUGAAUUUAUUUUCAUGUUGAAUGGGGGAAAGUCCGAACUAAAAGUGAAAAUUAAUUCACUUGACAGAGGUUGGGACCCCCUUUAUUAUUAUUUUUUGGCCACUGCAGCAAAAAAAAAAAAAAAAAAAAAUCAAAUCUCUCCAAGAAACGCGGUUUAUCAAUUAGGAUUCGAUCUAUAUUGGAAAAAGACCCAUGUGGGAACAUCUUCGGAAAGGUCGAGCUCCGUGGUAAUAAAGCUCUGGGUUCCUUAUCGGUUUGAUUAUUUCAGUGGGACCUCAUUGAAGUAAUCAAACUGCUUAGGAACCUAGAGCUGUAUUACCACGGUGUUCAAACUUUCCGAUGAUGAUAGGGCCGCGAAGCACCGGAGUUUCCAGGCUCGCGCUUCGCCUGGUUCGCGAAUCGUCGUGCCGAAGGAUCGGUUGACGUCACAUAUCGGAUAACGUCACAGGCGCGAUGGCAGCGCCUCCUACCCGCAAAAGUAUGACGCAGCUUCCAAGUCGACGGUGCGCCCGGAUCAGCGCCUGUGGAUCAGUUGUGCUGAACGUCCCUGUUGUUCCCGAGUCGAGAAACAGAACAGAACGAACCUUGUCGUAGCGACAAAUCUGUUUCGUGCGUUGAGACGUACCAUACGACAGUCGCCACCACAAAUUUUUGUCGUUUAUACAAACGUUUCUGUUGUGCGAUUUUGUCGUCGUGACUAUCGAGUCGUUUCUGUCGGGGCGGCAGAAAUUUCUGUCCUACAUCCUGACGCCUUGUUUGUAUACGACAGGGUUACUUGUGUAGUGUCGACUGAAGACUUAUUCGUGGCACCGAGACGAGAGAAUUACUGCGCUAUAGCUUUCGUUAUAUUUUUGAGACUUGUAAUCGGUUCAGACAUUUUGUAAGUUAGCUGGUUAGCGUGUUAGCCUAAUGAGCGGGUCUCUGCUGAAAGUGAAGUACGCUCUCGACAAGUUUUUAUCAAGUCAUUAUGAACUCGUCAAAUGUUUUGCAGAAACAUUAAUGGCAUUAUUUGAAAGUGAUGAAAUACAUUUUCGCCCUGGGGCCCUUUCCAUCCUGCACAGAAGGACUUUCGGGAAAGGCUAGUUCCACUUGUAAUUCAGUACAGCGCUGAAAACAUUUCUUGUGAGGAACGAUCGCCUCUUGUGACCUGCUGUUCCACUGUUAGAUUAACACCAGCGCUGCUGCAGCCGUUGUUGCACCGCAUAGACCCCUGUGUGCCGGGUGUGUUGUACAAAUGGCAAUGCCUUUCUUAGCUGUUGUCACCCAUUGACAGAACAUAAAAGUUCAAAUGCGCACUCACGCGCUAGACAUGCUGUUUUGAUUUGUGCCAUGAUGCGCCUCAUCGUGAACUCACUUGACGAUGCCGAAUGACUUAUUCACCUUUUUUUGUUUUGUGCGCGGUGCGGAUAUCAUAGAAAACAGCAUCAUCGUGUCCACACUCUUCAUGUGACGUUUUCAAGAAAAAGAGGAAGAAACUGACACGGAAACCUUGACUGCGGCGCAGUCAUGGGCCUAUCAUAAAUAAUGCCCACACAAGCGGUAUUAUGACAUACCGGUCAUGACCUAUGAAAACCAACUGCGAGUACGUUACUUCUCGAAAGGCACGAAAAGUUAGUGCAGUAUCUUCCGCAGAUUUGCCAGCCUUCGUGCGACUUCUCGCCGCAUUUUGUGACGUCACCACUGCCGCUUUGCGGUGCUUUGCUUUCGCAUCGAGGAAGCAGCCAACCGUAGCGAGCGACCGCGUGACGUCAUGAAGAGUGGCGCGACGACGCUUGAUCUCUCCCUAUGACGUCAUGAUGCGCUGAGCUGACUCGCCACGGGAUUUAGUAGCAACUAACUCACCUGCAGGUUCGCGCUCGGCUCUGAAUUGUCAUGUGGCGCACAUUGUGUCGAUUGCAUUUGUCCGAUCACCCUGCUAUAGGAAAGUAAAAAAAAAAAUAAGGAAGUAGCUUCAGGGAUGCAAUGUAUUUGAUCAUCCAUCGCAUCAACUGUAAUUUGUGGUUCACCGAACGCGCGAAGAAAAAAAAAUGUGCGAGUAGUACAAAAGCCACUUAAUUUCACUGUUCGCCGUUGAGUCCAGACAGCUAGCUACGUGGAGAAUGACGCACCACAUGCGACUGGUUGGUCGAACGAGCUCUCUCUCUCUCGCUCUCUCUCUCUCUAUAUUUUUCGUUUAUGGAGUUCGACUUUAUGCCACUUGGAAAACAACGCGCUGUUGUCGCUUUGUUCUGGUUUUUUACCAGUGCAUUCUUAGGCGUGAUAUAGCGCCCUCUUUAUCCUGUCAAAGAAAUACAGUAGAGAAUUAUAAUGUCCUAGCAAAUGACAUUCGUGUCGCAUUUCGCGACGUGUCACUGUUUGUCGCGAUAGAAACUCUUGCUUAUAUUUCUGAAGUACGACCUGACGUCCCUUCAGCGAUGGUAAAGUCUGUUGUGCCGUAGGGCUCGUAGCUAUACCGCAAUCUGUUGUCGUAGGUGACGUUCGAAACUUCAUGACAAGGCCAGGUCGGCCGUAUUCUCGAUCGAUCAGCUUCAGGAAUUCCACUUCCGGUGCACUUAGAUUGGCUAAACCCAACGGAUAUGAGUGUCGACGGUAUUGGUAAAGUUAUCUUCAACGUUAUUUUCACGUCACUCAAUAAAAGAGGACACGAUGGAGAAAAACAAAUUAUGCACGCCUUCUAUAACUGUUAUUUUCGAGUUGCUCAGCUCUGCAUCACAUUGUCAGGAUGUGCUCGUCACUCGACGGAGGAGUCGCACUGGCGUCACGCAAAAGUGACGGUCACCCCCGAAAGUGACCGAGAAUGCGUCUGUCGUGUGACGUGUGGAAAUUUUGUGCGCAUUUAGAGACAUCGUCUGUCGGUCAUUUUUGACGUGGUUGAACUCGUAGUCGGUAGCUUUUACCUGUAGCGCGCCUGGUUGCGGGCACGUUUUUGUGUGUUGAUUGUUAUAUGCCUUUAUUUUUUUUCUUUCCCUCUUUCUUGUCUUAUAGUGCAAUGAGAGUAAGUCCAGGAUUUUAUACCACAUGAGAGUGCUUUUCUUUUGUUAUUGUUGUUGUUGUUGUCGCUGCGGCAAUAAUGAGGACACCCACACGUGUGUGUAAAAAAAAAAAGCGUGCGUACACCACAAACCCCAAUGUCAUUGUCGUUGAGGAGCAGCAUAUUGAAUGAACUGCCAUAUUCCUUUAUUACCUUUUAUUUUUUUUUUCAAGAGUGCAAUAAAAACUGACGAGAGAGUUACCUUCUAGAA